GCCCUCUUUCACCCGGCGGCCAGGAGAAGGGGGCUGCGUGUUUCCGGAAGACGUGGCCGUUGCAGCCGCUUCUCUCUGCCCCGCGCCCGCCGCCACCAUGAUUUCCCUCACAGACACCCAGAAGAUUGGAAUGGGACUAACAGGCUUUGGAGUGUUUUUCCUUUUCUUUGGAAUGAUACUCUUCUUUGACAAAGCUCUUUUGGCUAUUGGAAAUGUUUUAUUUGUGGCUGGCUUGUCUUUUGUUAUCGGUUUAGAAAGAACAUUUAGAUUCUUCUUUCAAAAACACAAAAUGAAAGCAACGGGCUUUUUCCUGGGUGGUGUGCUCAUAGUUCUCAUUGGUUGGCCUUUAAUAGGAAUGAUCCUUGAAAUUUAUGGGUUCUUCCUAUUAUUCAGGGGGUUCUUUCCUGUGGUGGUUGGCUUUAUUAGAAGAGUUCCAGUUCUUGGCUAUCUCUUGAAUUUACCCGGUAUAAGCUCGCUCGUAGAUAAAGUUGGAGAAAGCAACAACAUGGUAUAAUGUCAAGAGGGCAGAAGACUGAUUCUAAACUUACUGUACUAUUUAUAAAAUCCUUUUGAAGAAUACUCAGCACAAAGUUGUGUACAAAGGAAAAGCUUGUUACAUUCUUUACAUAACAGUUUAAUUUAAGGUGUAUAGUCAACAAUGUACAUUAGAAAAGAAGCUCAGCAAGUGCGCUUCUAGGAAAAUAACUCCAGAGUUCAGGAAGUAAACUGAAGAGGUGAAAGUCAUGGACUAACCUGUGUUACAACUGUUCAAGACUACUUUUGUUGUUUUUGGAAAACACGCUAGUGGUAAUGAACCCUUGUGGAAUUAACGGAGCCUGUACUUUACCUCCUUAUUUUGAAGGUGCAGUAGAGCAAACAGGCCUACAUUUUUAAGGGUGACCCAAACGUAUCCAAUCCUCUGCUUGCUAUCCUCAGAGUGGGGAAAAAAAAUCAAACAGAAAAAUUCUUGUGUAACGAGAGAUGUGUCUUUGCAUGAAGGUUAAGAUGACUAUUCAUCUUUAAGUGUAUAUGACAAAAAAAAGGCAACCCUACACGGUUCUGUUGUAAACAUUUCUGUAAAUAUGUGGCUGAAAUAAAACAUUGUUAUCUUAAUGUUUCAAAGCCAAAUGUAAGUUGAUUGUAUUUGCCUUCCGUUUCGGAAUAUGCAAAAAGUCAAUCUUUAGUAGCUUCAGUCUUAAAUGUUGGUUUUGAACAUGUAGAGCUCAACAGGGAACUCUGGAAACCGACCUGCACUCCUUCCAGUUUGUUCUCCUUGAGUCUUGUUAAUGCGUGCAUCUAGAUGAGAAUGUAGCCCCUUGUCACUAACAUGAAAAUUUUGUGACAUGCGAUUAGCUCACAGAAACAUGCAUUUGGUUAAGGUGCUGACAUGAACCCUGCAAAAUGUAUCUUAUCAAAAUUUGAACCUUUGUUUUUAAAUAGUUUGAAGCUAAGGUUUCUUUGUUUACUCUGGAACUACGAAUUGACUUUUAUUUUUUACAGUAAUAAAAUGAAAACUUAAAAUACUGUGUAUGUGAGUCUCUGGGGAGAAGACUGAGCUAAUGGGACUAACUAAAGAUCAAGUGCCAAUCUCCAUAUGUUUUGUAACUUGUUGCUUGGGUUAUCUUCAAAUAACUUGAAACAUCUAUUAGUCACAGCAACAACUUUGGUGUUGCAGUUAUUCUUAGCUAACGUGGAAUAAAUGUCCCCUACUAAUGCAAGGAUCACAUUUCUGCUUCUACUGGAAUGUUAAACAAUGUGCACUUUCAGUAGAUUUAGUUAUGUAGUAUCCUCACCUAACAAAAAGUGAUCGUUCAGUAAAUUUUAUUUGUGGAGGCUUUGGGAGUUUCUGUUGUUAACUUUCUUUUCCCUUAAAUGUAAUCCUAAAAAAGAAUUACCGAAAUGCAAUGGUAGUAUUUUAAGUAGUUGUGUAGUCUUAAAGGUCUAAUGACCGUUUAGUGGGGCUUUUUUAUUUUUCUUCAUUAUGCAGUUAAAAUCGGUAUUUUCCAAAGUAACUUUUACAUUAAGAAGAAUCCUCAUGUACUGAUCCUUUUGGAAGUUGCUACAAUGUUUAUUUUUACAAGACAAGUUUUAUUUCUGUUAAAACUGUAUAAACAGCCACACUCUACUGUCCCAACACUUACUUUGCUUCAUUUUCACAGGCACAAAAUGAUUCAAUGAAAAAAAUGACAUUAUAUCUACAAUUAAUAGCACCUGAAAAAAAAUCAGUGCUUUUAGUUUAUAAAUUACAAAAAAAGGCUAUAUUUGCCUGAGGACAUGUGUGUUGUAGUUUACAGGCAGGACUAAAUAUGACUUGUGGCUUCUACCUCAAGAGAUGAACCAAUUUUAACUGUUCCCAUAGGUCUGUUGUGUGUUAAAAUGCCUAGAGAACACUACAGCAGUUCAGCAAACUCAUCCUAUUUGCUUUGGUAGAGCACUGGUCUGUACUGUGGGAACCAAGUGCUGGUCAAAGCGGACCGUGGUCGUUGCUUACAUUAGAAGCCAGCUACCUGAAGAGUUCUGUUCUUCGCUUUCGAAAAGUGAUGUGAUGGGAAAGGUGGAUCGCACCACGUGACUGUGGAGCUCUGACUGAGGGCGAAUAGCUCGGUAAGCUGAAGCACCUUCACCAACAAGGAAUCUGAUGAUCUCUUUCAGAGGUGAUGGAUGUGUUGCUGUACAUGAUCUUUCAGCCCCCUGAAAUGCUGGGAUGUCGGCAGUUCGUCUCACUUCUAUUUAAUUCAUUGUUUUAAAUCAAAAGUCAAUUUUGUGUCAGAUGUGAACUGUUGUGAAAAGCGUCUGAGGGAAAAAUUGUAUGUCAAGUUUAGCAUAGUCUUUAUCCCUCGAGGUAAUGUUGUCUUUGAGGCAGUUUUGCCCGGAUAAAUGUGGGUGGCAGCAAAGGUCAAAAUGACUUAGCCUUAAAGUGUUUCUGUUGU